AUAUUCUUCUCCAACACAUUAUUACUCAUCUCCUGAUCUCAAAUCAGUUCAAAUAUCCACAAUACCACUCACGCCUCCUUCGCAAGCCAUGACUACUGCUGGCUUGGGUGGUACAACUGCUGGUGUAAAUCUAAAAGAUAAUCCUCUCCAUGGUCGAUCUUUUUCGUCAUCGACUUUAGUGAAUAUUGCUAGCAUGCCAACUGAUAUGAAGUUAAAAAGGAGGGCACAAGGAAGAAUUUACAAACUAAUAGCGGAUUUAUUUUUAAUGGCCGGAAGGUUACCUGACGCCGUAACAAAUUACUCAUUAGCGAUUGAAGCAAUGAAAGCAAAUGGGGAUUUUUUAUGGCAUGGAUCUGCUUUAGAAGGUUUAUGUGUUGCUUUGGUGAUUUCUGCACAUUUAAAAACUGAUAUUGAGUCACAUAUUAUACAAUCCCCUCCAUCUCCGAAUCCAAACCCACCAUCGAGCCCUUCUUUACCCGACACACCUAAACCUCUCUGGGCAGAUAUAACAGACAAAUAUGUUACAAUCCUGACUCUUUAUGCAAAAACUUCACAUUCAUCCAAUAAUCAAGUGCCACAUAUAAUAUAUGCUGAAGCUUGUUUAAAGGUCGCUAAGAUGUUGGCCAGUAUAUGGGUUUCAGGUGGAUGGGGUGAUAAUGCUUUAGCACUAAUUGUUCAGGGUGGCCUUCCAGAGAAAGGUGCAAAUGAAAAAUGGGGUCUAAGUUCUGUUAGUGGGGUGUCAAAGGUUGAA